AUGGUUACUGGUGUUGAUCCUGACAAGGAACGAAUUCAACUGGCCAAAGAAGCGCACAGUCAAAUCGAGAAUCUCUCGUUUGUAGAAGGGAGUGCCAUAAACUUCCCAGGAAUUGGUGCUAAGAUUACGACAUCAUUUUCAGUAAAUACGCCCUUCAUUGAAUGGCAAACAAGCAACAAGUCUUCAACAACAUAAAGUCUUAAGGUUGGAGGAAAAGUAGCAAUUCAAUACAUGUCCUAGCUACCCUUGUUUGAUUACAACGCUUACGUGCUACUAAAUCCCGAAAACGCAGAGCGCAUUUUUCGUUUGUUUCAUCUUGAGUCAAAGACGAAGAUCGAGCGGUACUGUUUAUUAGCGGGAUUUGAUGAAAUCAUUCGGAGUUUUGACACCCACUGCAAGGGGCUUGUUUUUGAAACCGUUCAGGAGUUUCUCGAAUGGCAAUGGUCGACUACAUGUGGCCUGUUUGAUCCUUCCCUUGUCACUGAAGAGCGAUUGAAGAAGUAUCUGGGUUCUGGGUCCCUACACUGA